AUGACUACAGCAAUCCCGACAAGCUCUGAUCCUUCAGCAUACGCUCAAACCGUCCCUGCCCGCUCCCUCUCUACCAGAGCCCGGCCUCCUGUCUCCGCUUCUGGACCACAGCGUGCAUCCUCCACCUCCAAUCACUCCCACCACCAACAUCAUCACCACUAUAGCCGUAGCCAGCAAAACCACCGCCAACACCAUCGCUCCCACUCACGGCAUUCGUCUUCUACUGCUGCUGCGCCUUCUUCGAUUCAGGACACUCUUCCUCAUCAUGGUCAUGAAGCAGCAAGUCUAAUCUCCCACCCCAAAAGAUCCGCCUCCAAAGAAUACUCGCCUUCCACCACCCGCGCCGACGCCUCGCGUCCUCAGCGUCACGGAAGCACCAGAUCUAGCCACAACCCAACUCAACCCAACCCGGAUAUGCCUGCCAACACCGCCGUUGCCAACAACGCUGGCCCUGCUCCUGUCGCUCAUGGCGCAGCUGAUCCUAGGAGUCCAGGCACAUCCUCUGCCUCAGCCUCUAAGCAUAGCAGGUCACGCACCACUAUCCCCACGCCAUCAGGAAAAUGGAUACUGGGCAAGACAAUUGGCGCUGGCAGCAUGGGAAAAGUGAAGCUGGCUCGCAAGGAGGAUACCGGCGAGCAGGUUGCUUGCAAAAUCAUCCCGCGUGGCUCCACAGAUGAUGGGCAUCACAGUCGUGCCGAUAAGGAAAGAGCAGAUCAGUCUAAGGAGAUUAGAACUGCCCGCGAGGCAGCCAUUGUUACUCUUCUUAGCCAUCCCCAUAUCUGCGGCAUGCGAGAUGUUGUCCGUACCAACUAUCAUUGGUACAUGCUCUGCGAAUAUGUCAAUGGCGGUCAAAUGCUUGAUUACAUCAUCUCCCAUGGCAAGUUGAAGGAAAAGCAGGCUCGGAAAUUCAGUCGCCAGAUCGCCAGCGCCCUCGAUUAUUGCCAUCGCAACAGCAUUGUCCACCGCGAUCUCAAAAUUGAAAAUAUUCUCAUUAGUAAGACUGGCGAUAUAAAAAUCAUCGAUUUUGGCCUUAGCAACCUCUUCGCACCUCGCGGUCACCUCAAAACCUUUUGCGGGAGUCUCUACUUUGCCGCUCCAGAACUGCUUCAAGCAAGGGCCUACACAGGCCCCGAGGUUGACGUGUGGAGCUUUGGCAUCGUACUUUAUGUUUUGGUGUGUGGCAAGGUGCCUUUCGAUGAUCAAAGCAUGCCCGCACUGCAUGCCAAAAUCAAGAAGGGAUUAGUAGACUAUCCCAACUGGCUCUCAAGCGAAUGUAAGCACCUGCUCUCUCGAAUGCUUGUCACCGACCCCAAGCAGCGUGCCACGAUGCUGGAGGUGAUGAGCCAUCCAUGGAUGACCAAGGGAUACAGCAGUCCGCCCGACAACCACUUGCCCCCUCGGGAGCCUUUGUCGCUUCCUCUUGACACAGAUGUCGUGAACGCCAUGACGGGUUUUAACUUUGGGUCUCCGGAUGCGAUAAGAGCGCAGUUAACAAGGACCAUUGAAUCCGAGGAGUAUCAGCGUGCUAUUCGUCUCUACCAACGCGAAAAGGAGCUUCCUCAGCCGGUCAAGGAUGUGGAGAAAAGACGUGGAUUCGGCUUUGACUUCUACAAACGGAGGAACUCAGGCAAUAGUCGUGACACUCUCACAGCUCCAAGCUCAGAGGCUCUUCAGCUUGGAAAUGAUCCUUUGAAUGCAUUCAGCCCAUUAGUUUCGAUAUACUACUUGGUGCGAGAGAAGCAGGAACGUGAUCGGGCCGAGAGGAACCCUGGGGUACCAAACGCGCCUAAAGACAAACUUCCAAUUCCGGAAAUCAUGCCGCCACAGGAGGCUCACACCAACACGGCCGCUUACGAGAUGCCCGGCGAGAGAAUCACAGGCGGUCGUUCUCGACCCCGCGCUAGGACUCAUGGUGAAGAUGAAGCACCAGAGUCAGUCAAGGCUGCGCAGCUGUCACCAACUGUUCCGAUAUCGCCAGAGGUGCCGCCAGAGCCUUUGCCGAAGAAGGAAAGCACUGCGGCUGGCAUCCUUCGGCGCUUCAGCACACGGAGACGUAAGGAACCGGAGAGACUGGAUAGAGACCGAUCUCACCCACCUGUUGUUCAGGUACAGGCUCCGUCUGAUGUUCCCCCGCCCCCGGUGCCUAGAAAAAGCUUCAGCAUACGACGAGGAAGACGAGAUCAUGAUGAGUCAAUUCCUAUGCCCUUGCGGUCUGGCAGCAGCCAGCCACAACAUAGUGAUCUACUCAGCCCGCCUCCAUCUGCUGGAGGCGCUUCCUCACGCCGGAAGGGCCUAGGUCGGUCUACCAGUGUAAACUCAGCAGAUCUUCGUCGGCGGGGAUCCAACCGAGCACUAAAGGAGCCCCCCCCAACAAGUGGAUCGGAUCACUCAGCAACCACUGACAGACCACCGCCAGCAUCACGCGAUAGCCAACAGUCACGAGCAGCAUCCAUGAGAGCGAAGUCUCUUGGUCAUGCUAGACGUGAGAGCAUCCAACAGCGUAGGCUUCGGCGAGAAGAGGCGCGGGAAGCGAAUGUACCAGAGGAGACGGAUCAGGAGCAGGGUGACCAGAGCGGCGUGUCCACUGACAGACUGGACAGCUCUGACCUGGCCAAACCUGUUUUUCUAAAGGGCUUGUUUAGCGUAUCGACAACUUCGACCAAGACGGUGCCGGAAAUUCGAGCUGACAUCAAGCGUGUAUUGAAAGGCCUUGGGGUAGACUACACGGAAAUCAAAGGCGGGUUCUCCUGCAAGCACACCCCGAGCAUAGAUCUUAAGAAGGUUCAGGACCCCCCUGGUAGCCCUAGCCAAGCACCGCCUGGUCAUAAGAGGCGAUUCAGCUUUGGCGGAAUGAGGGGAGGUGGAGAUCGGGAACGAGAAGACUUUCGUGACACCGAUCGAGGACCGCCGACGCCACGGGGGACAGGAAGGCACGGAGCCGAUAGCUAUUCCAAUUCAGACGUCUCGGUUGAUAGUGUCUCCCGGGAAACUGGGGGCUCGUCGAGAAGGGUGCCAGGCGAAACGAGCACUCAUGUGCAGAGCGAUCUUGGUGGGAGCAUGGUCUUGGAGUUCGAGAUUUUUAUCGUCAAGGUCCCAUUGCUAUCCCUUCAUGGGGUCCAGUUCAAGCGAUUGGUGGGCAAUACGUGGCAGUACAAAAAUAUGGCAGAUCAGGUGCUGAGAGAGCUUCGCCUGUGA